GGGCUCUGGAGGGCCCCUCCAUUCAACGUUUAAAAGAGACGUGGAGACAGGUGUCCAGGAAGAACUGUCAAAUACUUAAAAACAUCCUCCAAACAUGCCACCGGGAGAGCAGGAAGCUUCUCAAGGAGGAGGUGAUAUCUGUGAGGGCCACCCUGCAGAUGGACCCCCAGGGAGCCCAGGAGAGACAGCAGCAGCAGGGUGUCGUCCCCUUCCUGGGCAUGUUCCUCUAUCACCUCAAGCUGCUGGACAUUGGGAUGGCAGAUGAUCUGGAAAAAUUCAAAGUCAUCCGGAGGAUCCAGCUGCUCCAGCAGGCUGCAAAUGCAUAUAACCUGGAGCUCGACGAGCGAUUUGGUGCCUGGUUCCAGGCCAUGGAGCCCAUCAGUGUCCAUGAGAGGUGAGGGGACAGGAGUUGGGUGAGGGCAGGGCAGACUCUCUCUGAUGGCCAGCUCCAGAGCCUGUGGCCUGGCUCGCUGAUCAGCCACAGAACUCG